ACCUUUUCUUCUCUUCAAGCUAUCACCAAACUCUUCGACUCAUAGAUAAAUAAAAAAGUCAACAAGAAUAAUUAUUCAACACUGAAUCUCUCAGAUUUGAGUCUGACAUUUCUGUUCAUUUGAUAUGUCAUAUCAAUCAAACCCAUUGAACAUCAUCAAUACUUCGUUUUGUGGGGAAUUUCUAAACUAUUGAGCUUCGAUAUUUUAUUUCAGUGAAGAGUGAUAAAAGAGGAAGUGACGGAAAUAUGGAUAUCUAGGAAAAUUCCGAGGGAAAAGACAUCGGAAGUAAACAAAAUGAGUGGUCAGCUGAGCAUAACAGUGAGGCCAGAGUCACGUCUCGAUGCAAAGUGGUUGAAAACUGAUCUCCAGAGGUUUCUGUGUCGAGAUGGACUCGCUGAAUUGUGGAAUGGAAUGGUUAGGGAUGGAGAAAUUGUUGGAAGUUUCAGCGAUGGGCUCAUCAAUGCUGCUGGAGUCAUCUCGAGGAAAGGUGACAGUGGCCACUACUACUGCAACCUACGAGUUCUGUCAUGUCUCUGCUGUGACGGAAUCUGCGGUCCGCAGAGUGGUUGCAACUGUGGCCCCUGUCAGAAGCUUGACGAGGAGGAAGCAGCGUUGUACGAGGAGAUGGCAGCAGCUCUGUUGAAAGCCACCGAGAAAUCCUUUCCCCUGACUCACACGACAAUGGACUCCUGGUUAUGGAGCACAAAACCCUCCCGAUCGGACUGGGAGACAAGCACAGAAGCCCUGAUAAAAGAUCAAAUUGGGCUGUGUAACGAGGUAGCCAAUAGCACCCUCUCAGCUACGAGAUUACGACAGAGACUGGUGAUAGCCAGGCGAUAUUUCACAGCCCUCUCCAGGCACAAGCCCCAGGAGGAAAAGAAACCCUUGACAAAUAUCGACACAGCCAUGAGCACGAGCUCUAAACUCUCCAACGCCACUCAGAAACCUCCCAAACUGUCAGUCAAGUCAUCUGAACGAGCUGCUGUGGGUUUAGCAAGAGUUGGCACUAGAGCAGCUUUAAAUUUCUCUUUCGCCUACUUGAGGAGGGCCUGGCGGUCCGGGGAGGAUGUGGAGUUCUGCAGUGAGAUCCUCUCGGAGUCCCUGGAGACCCUCCAGUCUCUCCCAGAGGCCACUCUCUUCGAGGAAAACAACGUUUCCCAGGUCUGGCUCGAAGUCGUUGAAAAAUCCGCAAAAUUUCUUCGUCAGGUUGUAACUGGCGACGUUGCCCAGCUCACAACCACUACCACAACCACCACCAGGUGUCCAGUUCCAGUAUCUGAUCAGCACACAGCUCUCUGUCUACUUUUAGAACUCGUGGCACAACGAGCCACGUUAUCUAGCCUCCUGGACUCGGUUAUUCUUCUUCUCCACUUGAGCGAGAAAACCAUCAACCAGGACAAUCGAGUCAUUCCACCAGUUUCGGGUAGUUGUGCUCCUCUAGUCCCCCUUUUGAGGAGAUUGAACUCGGUUACACCGACAAAAUCACGAAGACCAGCUGGCGCUGAGAGUAAAUUAAAUCCAGGACCUUGUGAAGUACUUCUGAAGUAUUUACUACUCCCUGAUAAUGAUUCUGUACCGGUGGAUCUUCGCAAGGCAGCUGUCGUUGUCAUGUGCAAUAUGUCCCGUCUUGCCAGCCCUCAUUUGCCCCCUCUCAACAUCUCCAGCUCUUCCAGCAAUGGGACUAAUGGCGUUUCGAAGAAUCAAACGACACAGACGACUUUUCAGGAAGUCAUCGCCUGGGGUGGUGUGAAAUUUGGAAAUGGUGCCUCACCUUUUUACUGUGAUGCCAUUGCGGAGCUGGGGGUGAGGCAGCUCUGCUGCACAGAACGAGCUUUAAUGAUUCUUACUCAAAGUGGGAGGGUCUACAUGAUGCAUUAUGGAUCGGAGACACAGUACCCGCAGAAAGUUGAAUUUGGAGUAGUGAAGAAAAACACUGUGAUAAGCAUGAUUGCUUCUCAUCCCGAUGGAAAGCAUUAUCUUGCUCUUACUGAAGACGGUAUUACGUACUCUUGGGGGAACGGCGAUGGGGGAAGACUUGGGCAUGGCAAUACCACGUCUUAUGAGAAUCCUAAGGUGAUAGAGGGACUUUCAGAAAGGGCAGUGACUUUCAUCGCCUGUGGUAGCACUUAUUCAGCAGCUCUGACAGCCACUGGGGAGCUCUUCACCUGGGGAAGAGGAAAUUACGGACGACUGGGUCACGGUGAUUGUGACGACGUAAUGAUCCCCACCCCUGUGACAGCUUUGAACGGACACGCUGUCGUAUACGUGGCAUGUGGCAGUGGAGACUCCCAAACACUCUGUGUAACAGCUUCAGGGAUUGUAUUUUCCUGGGGGGAUGGUGACUACGGAAAGCUGGGCAGGGGGGGUUCUGAUGGAUCGAAAAUCCCGAAGAUAGUGGAUAAGCUUCUGGAUGUCAAUGUCAUCAAGGUUUACUGUGGGGGACAAUUCUCAGCUGCUCUGACUGCUCAGGGGGAGAUUUACACCUGGGGGAAGGGGACUGCCUAUCGUUUGGGCCAUGGAAACGAGGACCACGUGCGAUAUCCCAAGAUGAUCGAAUCCCUGAAAGCUAAAGGAAAAAAAAUUAAGGAAUUAUCGGUGGGAAGUGUCCUGGUGCUUGCACUCACUGAAGAUCAGGAAGUCUACGGCUGGGGGAGGAAUGAUUAUGGACAGAUUGAUCCAGCCUUGGGCUUUACGGUAUCCGAACCAUCUCUGUGUACAGCUCUAACAGGAAAAAAUGUCAUUGGAAUUGUCUGUGGUCCCACUCAGAGCUUCGCCUGGUCGUUAUCCACUUGGUCAGUCGCCACGAGGGUCCCCUUCGUCGUGGAUAUUUGCGAGAAAACAUUUAAAUUACUUGACAUACUGCUGACGAAAUCCUGCGAGGGACUUCCCGGCACCAGACCACCGACUCAGGACAGGGAGUGUCUGGCUGUUGCCACCUUGAAUCUUCUCAGACUUCAGCUGCACGCGAUGAUCUCCCAUGGGAUCGACCCCAAGUCGGUGGGACUAGCCGGGGGUACCGGCCUGUUGAACUCGUUGAAGCACAGGUGUGUUGCUCUUGCCAGUGAAGCUGGAAUCCUCGCAACAAUCCAAGAAGCUGCUCAGGCCCUUCUACAAACUGGAUGGAGCAUUCUUCUGCCAACGGCCAAUGAGAGAGCCAAGACUCUCUCCAGCUUUCUUCCAAAUUCCAGUCAUAAUUUUAAAUCCCUCAGUACUAAUCAUCUCCACAAUUCCAGUAAUAAGAAUCAUCAUAACAAUCACAAUCAUGCGAUAAGUAAUAAUAAUACUAGUGAUAGCAGCAACAUGGGACAGCAGUUUAUGGCUGACCUCUUGGUCUCCAGUCUGAUGGCUGAUGGAGGAUUGGAAUUUGCCCUCAAAGCAGCAAUCAAAGCUGAAAUCAUCGAUAUAUCCGAUGAUAAAGAGUCGAUAGUAUCGUCAAACUCCACACCAGAUUUCAAGAAUGAAACUAAGGAAUCCAAGGAGUUCAGUUCUGAAAAACAUAACAUGACAAUUUCUCUGGUUCAAUUGGUAAAGCAGUUGAUAAAGAACGGCACCUGCAUUACGCAGGCCAGACUGGAGUCCCUGGAUGUGGGCAAGGGAGGGAAAAAGAACGAAGAGAACCAGAGGCUCGACAACUCCCCAAGCACAAAUCUUCUUCUUCGAUGGCAACGACUGCUGAUAGCCCAAAUCUACCAGUGCAUCAAUAAAAUCAAGCAUAAUCAGGACCCACAGGAUCCUGAGACCAUCGGCUCCCAGUCCCUUCUUCAGAAAUACAUUCUCCAGAUCUGCAAUCACGUUAAUGAUGUGCUCCCAAGAGCUUGUGAGAUAGGUGCCACCAGUAGCAAGAAUUUUGUUCUAGUCACAAUGAUAUUGAAGAGCGAUAUCGUUACUAUUUUGCUACCAGAACUGGUGAUCUGUCUGAUUCUCCUCCAGGUGGACUAUCCACUGCUGCUCCAUGGGAUGAAUUGGAUGGAGAUUCUCGCGCCAGUGCUUGAUAUUCUUGAUCAGUUUAACAGACUCGCCCCUACUUUCGAGAAGGACGAUGCCGAUGACCUUUCCUGGCCGGGGAUCAUCGCUCCACAACAGGGGAAUACCUCCAGGCAGGCAAUUUCCAUUCCUGAGGAGCCAACGCUCAUCAGGUGGGCUGACCUGGAGAAUCACAAUCGCGACGGUGGUCUCUGGAUCGUCGUUAACAACAAUGUAUACGAUGUCCAGGACUUCUGCCAGGAAGGACGUGACAGUUCUUCGUCCUCUUCAUUAUCAUCGUCCAUGGUUCAGGCGAGAGAGACUGAUGGCAGUCGCUUCGACGGCAGUAAGGACAUCUCUAACACCAAAAAUGCGAUAUCACAACUGAAUUCUGGAGUCAUGGAGUCGUGUUUUGUUGGUUAUUACUGUCAAUCAGAACCUGACUCAACGCAGUUCACGAUUGAUAUCAUGGACGUGUGCUCCUCUCUUCUGGAUGUCGAGAGGGCCCUCAGUUUUCUUCUGGGUCUUCACGCCCACAGAAUGCGCCGGAGUCUUGCUCUGUUGCCUGCUGAGGAGGAAGCGGGGAUCUGGCUAAAUGCCAAUUUCCUCAGGGGAGGCCUACAGGUGCUUCAGCCCUCGAACCCUUACGAGGAGGAGAAGGACGAGGCCAAGAGCAAUCACUCAACAGCAGCUAACUCACCCACUGAGCCUGGGAUACCAAUCUCCGGAGCAAUUGGAAUUACCAGUGGGGUCGUCACCGCCAGUACCAUCACUCCAAACACCAUGAGCUCGGCGGGAAACCCGGGAGGGACUCCGGGGAUGAAGGACAAAUUCCAGAAUAAAAUGAAACCGAAUGACUCUAGGGUGACUGCCUUCAUUCAAGCUUUAGCUGAGGGUCACAAGACAGACAACUAUGUGCAGACCUUCCUCAAAAUGGUAGAGAAGUACAGUAAGGCGAAUAAUCUACUCUCACAUGUCGAUUUCUACGGGGAUCAUCCAGUGGAGGAGGUCGGCAGGCUUCUCAUGGCGAUCAUCAUCAAGCAUCUUGCCCUGGGAUUUCAAACUAUGGCCCUAGUUGAUCAAGAGCUCACUGACGAUAACGCAAAACUGUCUAAACCCCUUGUCGAUAUGGUCAAGCUGAUCCACCAGACCAAAUGGAAUUUAAUAAGGACCAGGCAGCAACAGAACAUGAGCUACAAGGAGGUCUGCGCCCCCGUACUGGAGAAGUGCAGAUUUCUCCUUUACGAAGUGAGACCUGCCACAAGCUACGAAGUGAUUGGAUACCAAAGACUGAAACUUUUACACACUGUUCCCAAAUUUAAGAGGGUCGUUCUGAGCGUCAUUGCCGACAAUAGGAAGAAAAGGACAAAUGCCCACGAAAUGAUGAAGAAAAAAAAGAAGGAGAAUAAGGAGUCUGGGGGGAAACUUGAUGACAUCGUCAACACUUCCAUUCAAAAUUCCAGACCUGUUAAGGACACGUCUAUCUCCAGCGUUCCUGAGGAGAAGGAAACCAAGUACUUUGAGGAUAAACAGACCAUGAGGAACAUUGCGCUUCAGCUGUUGGACAAAUUGAAUACUCGAUCUUUGGGCGGUGACUCUGGUGAACUGAUGAAUGACAUAGUGAAUUUUGCUGUUUCCGAGGACGGGGGAGGAAAUAUUGUGGAGACUCUGAGGAGGGCCAUGUACUGCCAGAUCCAACGGGUGAAAGUGAGGGAGAGGGGAAUCAACAUGAUCCUUGAGCUGUUGAAGAAGGAUUAUCUCAUCACUUCUGUUAAGUACUCUUUGCUGAAUGGUUGGUUGGGGUUGAUUCCUGAGAAUAAACGUCUGCAGGAUCGAGUUGUCACUCAUUGUUUAAGUAAUAUUCAGCUGGUAACGCCUUAUCAGAGAGCCAACAUCAUUAUAUCGGAGGCUGAGAUUACCUGUUGGACGAUCCAAGCCCUGAGAACGUACGUCAUUCAGGCAGAGCUACCCAACAAGGACAAAGUCAGCGGCAAGAGCAGUUUAAACCAGGGGACGUACACCUGGCUGAGGAAACUCCCGAGAGCUAGAUUUUUGUUGACAAUCAUUGGAAUGCUGACCAGUCAUCAUCAUGCCAAUGAAAUUGGACUGCUGGUGAACUCUGGACUCAUCUCCAGUGUCUUGACUCUGUUGCGACAGAUUGGCCCCACCCCCAUGGGUAUGAUGACUGAAUCCAUGAGGAUCAAGAGAUCGCAGAAGUCAUCGAAUGUGUCUGCGAUUUAUGAAGACGUUUUGCAGAAGAAUAAACCACCUGCUGUACAGCUGAGUAGGGCUGCAUUGGCUGCUUUGAUGAAGAUUGGAACAAGGGUUAUCCGGGGGGUGGACUGGAAGUGGGGAGAGCAGGAUGGCCCUCCACCUGGCGAGGGAAAGGUCAUCGGAGAGCUGGGAGAAGAUGGGUGGAUCCGAGUAGAAUGGGACAAUGGCGUCACCAAUUCUUACAGAAUGGGAAAGGAAGGAAAAUAUGACCUAAAAUUGGCUGAACCUCCGGUCCCUCUCGAGAGUGACUCUGAUAGCGACGCUGGAUCACCACCUGGUGAUUCCAGUAAAAAACGCGACGACGGUCAAAUGGGAAAUCGAGAGUUUCAUCCAACUACGUAUCUCAAGGGAGCCUCCACCAAUCUUCUGAGAAUUAUACUUCUAUCUUGUGGGAUUAAUGCUAAUGGAGUCGACAGGACAGCUAUCAAGACUCUGGUCUCCAUCAUCAGGGGAAUUAUCUCUGCUGCUAAUAAGCCAGGCUGUCAUGAGGAGAGUUCCCAUGCCACUGAUCUUGCCAAAGAGCAUCACGAUUCCUGGGCGACUCUGGGCCUGUUAAAAACCAUUGCCAACUCUCAGGUGUCAUUCUGCCAGGCCCUGAGUACUCCAGCCUGGAUCGACUUCCUUCUCAGUAUCAUCUCUGAAGAAUCGGAGCCAAAUCUUGCGAAGCAGACGAUGGCCCUAAAACUUCUUUUCGCCGUCUUGAAAUCCUGGCCGGAGAACGAGGUGGAGAUGACUCAAUUGUUGGAGAAAUUAUUCCGAUUACUCGGACAGAUUGGACUGCAUUGUGCUGCCAAUACCGUGAAUACUUCUGGAGAAUCCAUCGAUCUUCACUCUACGAAGUGCAGAGUCUCUAUCACAGCUUCUUACAGUUCGACUCUUGCUGAAGAGAUGGUUCAGUUGAUUCGAGGGCUUCAUCUGCUUCCUGGAUGGCAGCUCGCACUCAACUGCUACCUCGCCUCAAAACUAUCACUGGCGUCGGAUUUACUAAACGAUGGACCCCUUUUUCACAUUCGAAUGAACGAAAAUGGUGGUGAGCACAGUAUGACGAUCCAACAGACUGUGAUGGCCGCUUUGAUUGUCGUCGGGGGUUUGGACAAUCGUCCGAGAAUCGGAGGGACUGUCGAGGUGGACAACGAAGUGGGAAUAGUCAGUAGAUUCACCCCCCAUUCAAAGCUAGUCCUCCAAAUGCACGAGGAAAGUGGGAGAACAGGAAUUCUGAAGAAGGUCCCCUUCCCUGGGGUGAAAAACGUCUCCGAGAAGUUUCAUUUAGACAGGAUGCCCAUGAUAGAGUCUCUCUUAUCGAUCUGGGCGAACAUUUUGCUUCUUGGAAAUACCAACAACAGCAAUAUGACCGGCAGAAGGCCAGGGUCAGGAAUGCCUGUAAUAGCAGGAGUGGUGAAUGCAUCAAUCCUUCGCACACAACAGCAGCAGUUGGCAGCUCUGAACGCGGGAAGAACCCUUCUAGAGCACCAGACGAAGCUCAGGCAGGUACUCAAGUGCCCUUUGUCACUGAUAUCAGCUGAGAAACUUGAUCACGAUGAGGACGAAGAGGAUGGAAGGGAGGAAACUGAGGGAAGGAUUUUCUUUCAAGAGCUGCUGAUAAGAGCAAUCAAACCCCAGCCCCUGAAACCUAUUUUCAAGAGGGAGGAACUGGAGGGUGCGGCCCUGGCGGUCUCCCAGUACUUGGCAGUGGAAUUGAGACAUCGAGCUGGAAUUCAUAACCCGGGCAUCAUCUCAGAACCAACGACACCAACGUCAGACUGCUCUCUGGCCUCGUUGUCCUCUAGUCAGAAAAGACACUGCCGAAGUGGAAAGAAGAUCGUCAGCUCUCGACAGGCCUCUAACCCCCUGGUAACCCAACUGACAGAGAUGGGCUUCCCCAGGAAGAGUGUGGAGUUUGCCAUCAGGAACCUCAGUGUAACAGAGGGUGGCAACAUCACCCCGGAGAACGUCGUUGCAUGGCUGCUGGAAAAGGCUGAUACUAUCUUCGGAGAUUCUGAUACUCCCCUUUUAUCAAGCUCGGACGCUGGAUCUGACGAUUCCGAAGACUCCUCCAGUGAAGAUGGCAACGAGCAGUCAUCCUUGUUCAUGAUUGGCAUGACAACACCGGUUAUCCUCCCAUCAUCUUACGACGAGGUCCUCACAGCAGCUGCCAACGCCCCCCAGACUUUCAUGAAACGAUCUGACUUCCUCUCCUUCGAUGAGUACGCCAUGUACGUGAGGGAUAAUGUCACAGUUGGGAUGCUGGUAAGGUGCUGCAAGAGCUACGAGGAGGUCGAGUAUGGAGACAUUGGACAGGUCGUGAAGAUCGAUCCCGAGGGGCUCCACGACUUGAACGUUCAAGUCGCUUGGCAGCACAAGGAUGGCACUUACUGGGUUAGGUUCAUUCACAUUGAACUUCUCGGACACCCUCCCACCCUGCCCACACCCCCUGCUGCCCUCAAGGUCGGGGACAAAGUCAGGGUGAAGACCUCGGUGACAGUACCCAAAUACAAAUGGGGAUCUGUCAAUCAUUCCAGUGUCGGAGUGCUCACUGCAAUCAUCAAUAAUGGGAAAGAUGUGUCUGUGGAUUUUCCUCAGCAGAGCAACUGGACUGGCUGCAUGUCAGAGAUGGAGAGAGUCCCUUCGUGUCACCACGCUGUCACCUGCAAUUCCUGCCACUUGUCACCUAUCUCUGGGGCUCGAUUGAAAUGCAAAGUCUGUGAAAACUACAAUCUCUGCGAGAACUGCUUCUACACGAAGAGAUGCCAUCGACAUGGAUUCAACAGAAUUGCUGAGCCUGGCUCGGCUGCUGUGUACGCCGGUAAACCUGGAAGGUAUCACUAUCGUCAGGACAUCACUGAGUCAUCGCUGAUUGACGACUGGUCCAAGUGCAUAAGGACUUUGAAUGUUUCCUCGAGAGACAACUGGGCGACAAGGCUUGUGGACGGCUCUGGUAAAUUCUGGCAGAGCUGCGGCCAGAGGGGAAAGCACUGGAUUCGUCUGGAGAUGAUGCCUGACAUCUUGAUAGAAUCCUUGAAGAUCACUGUCAAGCCGGAGGACGGAAGUUACAUGCCUAUGGUGAUCGCUGUCAACGCUGGAUAUUCUUUCAACUCUCUUCUUGAAUUAGCUGCAAUCACUGUUAGGAACAGUGAUGAGUGUGUGACGCUGCUUCAGAACAUGAGGGAGUACUACAGCUGCAUUGAAAUCGCUAUAAAACAGUGCCGAAAUGGAGGAAUCGACUGCAAAAUCCAUGGUCUCCAGAUUCUUGGCAAGAAGAAGCUGUUCGAGAAUCAACUGGCAACGUCUGUUUCAUUUUUGGCGUCUGAUUGGGAGACUGUGCAGGAACAAAUUUCGGGGACACCUCAGAGGGGAAGAGUCGUCGUAGGUGAUGGAUACUCUAGGAUUCAUGAACAACUUCAGCAACACUCAGCUGUCUACGUCUGGGGGCUCAAUGACAAAGAUCAACUCGGUGGUCUAAAAGGCUCGAAGAUUAAGCUCCCUGUCUACAGCGAUGUGUUAUCCAAAUUAAAGCCAGUUCAGAUUGCAGGUGGGAGCAAAACUCUUUUCAUCGUCACUCAGGAAGGAAAACUCUACGCUUGCGGAGAGGGAACCAAUGGUAGAUUGGGCCUUGGGGACAACAAUAACGUUUACGAACCGAAAUUAAUCCCCUUUCUCAGUCAAUACAUCAUCAAGAAGGUGGCGGUACAUUCUGGGGGAACUCACGCUAUGGCUCUCACACAGGAUAGCAAGGUCUUCUCCUGGGGUGAAGGUGAGGAUGGAAAACUGGGACAUGGGAAUCGUUUGUCAUUGGACAAACCGAGACUGAUAGAAGCCUUCAAAUCCAAGAGAAUCAGAGACAUAGCGUGUGGCUCAGGGCAUUCAGCUGCCAUCUCGAGCAAUGGAGAACUCUACACCUGGGGACUGGGAGAUUAUGGACGUCUGGGGCAUGGCGACACUGCCACACAAUUGAAACCAAAACUGGUAGAGGCGUUAGUAGGACAGAGAGUCAUUCAAAUCGCAUGUGGCAGUAAGGAUGCCCAAACUCUUGCUCUCACUGAGGAUGGCUCUGUCUACUCCUGGGGAGACGGGGACUUCGGAAAAUUGGGGAGGGGUGGAAGUGGCGGCUGCUACACCCCUCUUCUCGUCGAUCGUCUGAAUAACCUGGGUGUCGUGCAGAUCGAGUGUGGAGCCCAGUUCUCCCUAGCUCUCACGAAAUAUGGAGAAGUUUGGACCUGGGGAAAAGGGGAUUACUAUCGUCUGGGUCAUGGGAACGAUCAGCACGUCAGGAAGCCGACUGUCGUCGAGAGCCUUAGGGGGAAGAAAGUGACCCACGUUGCUGUCGGGGCACUCCACUGUCUCGCUGUUACUGACGCCGGACAAGUCUACGCCUGGGGGGAUAACGACCACGGGCAGCAGGGAAAUGGCACGACGAUUGUCAACAGAAAGCCUUCGUUGGUUCACGGCCUGGAGGACACGAAGAUCAAUAGAGUAGCUUGUGGUUCUAGCCACAGUGUCGCUUGGAUUCUUUCUGACCAGCCUGCCACCAACAAUCAAGAGCCUGUGACAUUCUCCAGUGGGAAGGAUCCCCUGGGGCAGGCUUCACUGGGUUUCGGAGAUUCUCCGAUGGAACAAACGAUACCUGGGAUCAUCCCCGCCCAGAACAUAAGACCAUCGCUGUCGAAUAUUAUCCUGUCCCUAGAGAGCAAUGUCGCUAAACAGCAGGCACUCCAGCACGUCAUCAACGCUCUCGACAUCAUCCAAGCAAGAACUGCCAUUGUCAUCGCAUUGAAGAGUCAUAACGCCUUGACAGGAUCGGGAUCGUCUCUCAUGAAAACAAUGAAAAAUGUUUCGCAACCGGAAACUCCCACGGGGGAGCUCUCCAUGUCAACGACCCCCAUGGUAAUGAGCGGAAACUUGACUGGGGUUUAUCAGAACGUGGGGGAGAUCGCCCAAGGCGGUGGAGAGGCACCAGCAGAAGUGGGAAACCUCCACCAUCAUUCGCACAACCAUAGCACAUCUGGUAAGAACAGCCCUCGAGCCAUCUCCGCUUCUAUCACCGGCCUACAGGAGGAGGGGAUCCCUCCAGUCGUCACCAAUUACUUCCCCUCAAUGUCCAGCUCUGCCAGCCUCUCCUCGAGAGCCUCCAAAAUGUCCACCAGUGCAGCAGCGAUGAGUGUCAUUGCGGCGACAUUGACUUCCAACGCUCAGGUCGUCGGAGAAGAUCACGACCCUGGGGAAAAUGGUCUCGAUGAGUUUACAUCCACCCUCACUGAGGACGACGCCCGAAUGCUCGUGGAUCUCCUGAAACUGGCUGUUGCCAAUAGAGUCUGUGAGGGCGCCAAGGAGACCAUUUCCUCGGUCCUCAUAGCUCUGGCGAAAUCUUCUAGAAGCCCGCAGACCAUCCGGAACAUGCUGCUGGAGUUGUGCGUCACGGAACUCGAGGACACAACAGCCAACUCCCACUGCAUGAGUAACGCACCAAAGCCAAUGAUCCAGGAGACCCCUCAUCCUUACAUCGACGAUACGACUCUCACUGGCCACGUCAAGAUCCCUGGGGCUGAGGCCCUUCGAGUAGAGUUCGACAGGCAGUGUUCAACGGAGCGCCGUCACGAUCCUCUGACGAUAAUGGACGGGGCGGGAAGGGUCGUUGCAAUAAAAUCAGGGAGGGAGUGGAGCGAGUGGUCAGCAGAGAUCAGAAUUCAAGGAGACGAAUUAUUCUGGCGGUUCACCUCUGAUGGAUCGGUCAACGGUUGGGGCUGGAGAUUCACUGUCCACCCAAUCCUGGCAAUACUCUCCCCUCACGAGCUGGGGUCUGACCGUGCUGUACUGUCACAACCCUCGAUCGCCCUGGCAGAGUGCCUCCUGGACAAUGCCCUGAUCGUCCCCACUGCUAGUAAUUCAACCGAGAAAAGCAUCAUCUCGAGGCUCGUCGCUAGCCUAGCACAGUGCAGUCAAUUGAGUAUCUUAACGGCCCAGCAGAGGAUGUGGGCGCUGAAGAAGCUGCAGGUGGUCUACCUCAGCUGUGGACCAGGGAUCAGGAGCGAUACUGCUCUGUCAGCUCUGUUGGGAUCCCUCCCACAAGCUCUCCUCAAGCAGUACGAGUACGAGGAUCCGGCGGUGAGAGGGGGCAAACAACUGAUGCACAGUGACUUCUUUAAGGUCCUAGUCGGUCUGGCUUGUGAUCUGGAGCUUGACACAAUGCCCUGCUGUUCAGAGAUCCACAAAUGGUCCUGGUUCAAACGAUACUGCCUCGCGGCGAGAGUCGCCAAGGCCCUCAUCAACCGGUCAGCCUUGCCCAAGAGCUUCUGCCUCGAUGUCACGAAGAGAAUCAACGAGAUGAUGAAUGCAGAGAGCGAGGGCCAUCACAGCCACAGCAACAAGCCACCUCACGAGAACCACGAUAUGUUCAAACGAGAGCACGACGAGCAGCUGCUUCUCUGGUUGAACAGAAGGCCCGAGGACUGGACACUGUCUUGGGAUGGCUCUGGAGCGAUCUACGGCUGGGGGCAUAACCACAGAGGACAGUUGGGAGGUCUCGAAGGGGCUAAGGUAAAGCUCCCUUCCCCAUGCGAGAGCCUCUCAGCCCUCAGGCCCGUUCAAUUGGCCGGUGGUGAGCAAACUCUCUUCGCAGUGACUGCCGAUGGCAAGAUCUAUGCCACAGGGUAUGGAGCUGUUGGACGAUUGGGAAUUGGGGGGACUGAUUCGGUAAUGGUACCUACUCUCCUUGAGUCUAUUCAGCACGUCUUCAUCAAGAAGAUUGCUGUCAACUCUGGGGGAAAGCAUUGUUUGGCUCUCUCAUCGGAGGGACACGUGUACUCCUGGGGGGAAGGGGAUGACGGAAAGCUGGGACAUGGUAACAGAAUGUCGUACGAUCGGCCAAAGCUUGUGGAAGCUCUCUUAGGAACUGAGAUCGUGGAUAUCGCGUGCGGUGGGCAUCACAGUGCAGCAAUCAGUGGUGCUGGGCUACUGUACACCUGGGGGAAGGGAAGAUAUGGGAGACUUGGGCAUGGGGACAGUGAUGACCAGACAAAACCAAAGAUAGUGGCUGCGCUACAGGAUUACAAGGCUGUGGACGUGGCUUGUGGCAGUGGAGAUGCGCAAACCCUUUGCGUUACUGAUGACGAUAAUGUCUGGAGUUGGGGAGAUGGAGAUUACGGUAAAUUGGGACGAGGAGGAAGUGAUGGCUGUAAGACUCCCAUGAAGAUUGAAUCGUUGGCUGGACUGGGAGUCAUUAAGGUAGAGUGCGGUAGCCAGUUCUCCGUCGCUCUCACUAGAUCCGGGGCAGUCUACACCUGGGGAAAGGGUGAUUAUCAUCGCCUUGGUCAUGGCACUGACGAUCAUGUCAGGAGACCCAGGAAAGUCGCGGCUCUUCAGGGGAAGAAGAUCAUCUCAAUAGCUAUUGGUUCUCUGCACUGUGUCGCCUGCUCUGACAAAGGCGAAGUGUUCACCUGGGGGGACAACGACGAAGGACAAUUGGGAGAUGGUACUACUAGUGCCCUACAGAGACCGAGGCUCGUGCACGCCCUCCAGGGGAAGAAGAUCACGCGCGUGGCGUGUGGUAGUGCUCACACGCUCGCCUGGAGUACGACCAAAGCCACCCAGAGUAAAUUACCAGCUUCAACUCCCAUGGAGUACGAUCUUGUUAAGGAUCUUCCUUUCUCAGCCCUUCACAAUCGCCUAGUGCUUCUGCACCAUUUCGCCGAACUACUCUGUCCCUCGCUCGUCAUGUUUCCAAUUGCUGGACACAUUGGCCUCAACAAGCUGGCUCCCAUGCUGGUUUACAGCAUCAAGGAGGCCACGUUCCGGAAAGUUGUUCAAGCGACGAUGGUGAGGGACAGGCAGCACGGACCGGUCAUCGAGCUCAACAGGAUUCAGGUGAAGAGGGCAAGGAGCAAGGGCACUGGACUCGCUGGACCCGAUGGGAUUAAGUCUGUCUUUGGACAGAUGGUGGCGAAGAUGGCGUUGUUGACUCAGGACGUUUUGUUCCUGCCUCACAGGGUCUGGAAGGUCAAAUUCGUCGGGGAGAGUGUUGAUGACUGUGGCGGGGGGUACAGUGAGAGCAUCGCCGAGAUGUGUGAUGAGCUGCAGAACGGCUCCCUUCCACUAUUCAUACCCACACCCAAUGGGCGGGAUGACAGUGGAACGAACAGAGACUGCUUUCUGUUUAAUCCCAUGGCAAAGACCCCUCUGCACAUGAACAUGUUCCAGUUCUUGGGGAUUCUCAUGGGAAUUGCUAUAAGAACUGGAAGCCCACUGAGUCUAAACCUGGCCGAACCCGUCUGGAAGCAAUUGGCUGGGAUUUCUCUGACUCCUGGGGAUCUCACGGAAAUCGACAGGGAUUAUGUUCCUGGACUGCUCUGCAUUAGAGACAUGGACCCUGAUGAGAAAGUCUUCCAGACACUGGAGAUGCCAUUCUCCACACCCUCAGCAGCUGGUCAAGAUGUCCCACUCUCCAAUAGGUACAGAAAAAUUGCCCCUGAGAACAGGCAUGAGUACGUCAGGCUAGCACUCAACUACAGGCUCCACGAGUUCGAUGUUCAGGUCAAUGCUGUCAGGGAGGGUAUGGCCAAAGUGAUUCCUGUGCCUCUACUCGCUCUGUUCAGUGGGGCUGAACUGGAGACGAUGGUCUGUGGAAGUCCGGAUAUUCCUCUGGGGUUACUCAAGUCGGUGGCUACUUACAAGGGGAUUGAAGCCAAUUCGGGGCUUGUCCAGUGGUUUUGGGAGGUUAUGGAGGAAUUUUCUAAUCAGGAGAGGUCACUGUUCUUGAGAUUUGUGUGGGGGAGGACCAGACUACCGAGGACCAUAGCUGAUUUCCGGGGAAGAGACUUUGUUCUACAGGUGAUGGACAAGUACAAUCCACCAGACCACUUUCUCCCCGAGAGCUACACGUGUUUCUUUCUCCUGAAAAUGCCCCGAUACUCCUGCAAAUCGGUUCUCCGUCAAAAACUGAAAUACGCCAUACACUUCUGCAAGAGCAUCGACACAGACGAAUACGCCAGAGUUCAGCCGGCCACAAAUUCCGACACCGAUGAUACGGAUAGUCUCGCGAGUGAGGAGCAUACGUCUCUCUAGCUGUAGAUUGAUCCCUAGACACUGUCAUGUGGAAUAUAAGUGUAUAUUCACGUUAUUGCGGCUUUGAAUGUUGAGCACCGCUUGAACUACUCUGACAAAUGUCAACCUAAAUUUCAUUAAUUUUCCUCGAUGGAAUGGAACGGUAUUCGAGGGAUCGUGUGAUGGACCUGGCUUUUGAAUGGCGAAGAUUUAUUUUCAAGAAUCGAGAUGCAAAACGAGAGAGGAAAUACAAUUUAAUACAAUGAUUGGGUGAUUGAGGGUGUGUACAUGAUGCAUUAUUUACGCUUAUCACAUAUUUAUUUGUAACAAUAUUAAGAUUUGUCUGGGGUAGAUGUGAGUGUCGGUGUGCCUGGGGGUGGUGCGAAUGCAAUGAAAUUGACGUAGAAUAUUUUCCAUAUGCACACUGUGACAUUUUGUUUAUAUGAUAAUAUUUCUUACGACUGAAAAAUAUCUAUCUUUAAGUUUGAACAUUGAAUAUAGUGAUCUGUAUCGAUAUUUCAUUUGUUAUAAGUUUUGUGAUUGAUGUGAGAUAUAGUUUCAACGAAUCUUAUCUAGUACGAGAAAAGAAACAAUGUUUCAUGAAAUUCGGGGAGAACUAAUCACUGAUUAUUUAUCAUUAAACGAUGAGUUACUGACACACGA